AAGUUUGGUCCUAUGUUCUAAAAAUUCAUCUUCUAAACUCCACUUCUUUCUUCUCUACUCAGCAAGACCAGAGUGAGAGAGAGAGAGCGAGAGAAUAUCACAACCCCCAGCGUCAAGUCCGGACAGGUCCCCCUCGAGAUCUCGAAGAUGGCUCAGCCUCUGGUGAAGAAGGACGACGAUCGUGACGACGAAGCGGAUUACUCUCCGUUUUUGGGGAUCGAAAAGGGUGCUGUUCUUCAGGAAGCUAGAGUUUUCAAUGAUCCUCAGCUUGAUGCCAGAAGAUGCUCCCAGGUUAUUACCAAGCUUUUGUACCUACUGAACCAGGGAGAAACCUUUACGAAGGUUGAAGCUACAGAGGUUUUCUUUGCUGUGACAAAGCUUUUCCAGUCAAGAGAUAUAGGCUUAAGGAGAAUGGUUUAUCUAAUGAUAAAAGAGCUCUCUCCCUCUGCAGAUGAGGUGAUUAUUGUGACAAGCUCCCUUAUGAAGGACAUGAAUAGUAAAACCGAUAUGUAUCGGGCGAAUGCCAUUCGUGUGCUUUGUCGGAUUACAGAUGGAACACUUCUUACACAGAUCGAGCGAUAUUUAAAACAAGCCAUUGUUGAUAAGAAUCCAGUGGUUGCAAGUGCUGCUUUAGUUAGUGGCAUCCAUUUACUACAGACAAACCCAGAGAUUGUGAAAAGGUGGAGUAAUGAGGUUCAGGAGGCUGUUCAAUCUAGAGCAGCUCUGGUGCAGUUCCAUGCACUUGCUUUGCUCCACCAGAUCCGGCAGAAUGAUCGAUUGGCAGUGAGCAAGCUGGUUACUAGCUUAACAAGAGGAACUGUUCGCUCUCCAUUAGCCCAAUGCCUGUUGAUUCGCUACACUAGCCAGGUCAUCCGAGAAUCAGGUAACAUCAGCCAAACAGGGGACCGACCAUUUUAUGAUUAUCUUGAGAGUUGUCUGCGCCAUAAAGCAGAGAUGGUGAUUUUUGAGGCUGCCAAAGCAAUCACAGAGCUCAGUGGUGUGACCAACAGAGAAUUGACUCCAGCCAUCACUGUUCUUCAGCUCUUUUUAAGCUCGUCAAAGCCAGUGUUAAGAUUUGCUGCUGUGCGCACUUUGAACAAGGUGGCAAUGACACAUCCGAUGGCUGUCACAAACUGCAACAUUGAUAUGGAAAGUUUAAUAUCUGAUCCCAACAGAAGCAUCGCGACUCUUGCCAUCACCACACUUCUGAAGACAGGGAAUGAAUCAAGUGUGGAUCGCUUGAUGAAGCAGAUAACUAAUUUCAUGUCUGAUAUUGCUGAUGAGUUCAAGAUUGUUGUGGUGGAAGCAAUAAGAUCAUUGUGUUUGAAGUUUCCAUUGAAGUACAGAUCUUUGAUGAACUUCCUAAGUAACAUUCUUAGAGAAGAAGGUGGAUUUGAGUACAAAAAGGCAAUUGUUGACUCAAUUGUGAUCCUCAUAAGAGAUAUUCCUGAUGCAAAAGAAAGUGGGUUGCUUCAUCUCUGUGAGUUCAUUGAAGAUUGUGAAUUUACCUAUCUAUCCACACAGAUACUUCACUUUUUGGGGAUUGAAGGGCCAAAAACCUCAGAUCCCAGCAAGUAUAUAAGGUAUAUUUAUAAUCGAGUACAUCUUGAGAAUGCCACUGUCAGGGCCAGUGCUGUGAGCACAUUGGCAAAGUUUGGUGCUCUUGUUGAUUCCUUGAAGCCUCGAAUUUUUAUUCUGCUGAGGCGAUGUCUGUUUGACAGUGAUGAUGAGGUUCGUGACAGGGCUACUCUCUAUCUGAAUACUCUUGAGGGAGAUGGCUCCAUUGUUGAAACUGACGAAGAAGUAAAGGACUUCCUCUUUGGAUCUUUGGAAGUUCCACUUGCCAAUCUAGAGACAAGUUUGAAAAAUUAUGAGCCUUCAGAAGAACCUUUUGACAUUAAUUCUGUACCCAAGGAGAUUAAGUCUCAGCCGCUUGCAGAGAAGAAAGCUCCUGGUAAAAAACAAACUGGGUUGGGAGCUCCUCCAAGUGGCCCUCCAUCCACUGUGGAUGCUUAUGACAAGUUGCUUUCCUCUAUUCCAGAGUUCUCAAGCUUUGGAAAUCUUUUCAAGUCCUCGCCACCUGUGGAGUUGACGGAAGCAGAAACCGAAUAUGCAGUUAAUGUUGUUAAGCAUAUUUUUGAUGGCCAUGUUGUGUUCCAGUAUAACUGCACCAAUACAAUCCCAGAGCAAUUACUGGAAAAUGUCACUGUUCUAGUGGAUGCUUCAGAAGCUGAGGAUUUCAAUGAAGUAGCAUCAAAGCCUCUCAGAGCUCUUCCUUAUGAUACACCUGGACAGACUUUUGUGGCAUUUGAAAAGCCUGAAGGAGUCUCUGCAGUUGGAAAGUUUUCAAACAUGUUGAGAUUUAUUGUUAAAGAGGUUGAUCCAAGCACGGGGGAGGCAGAUGAAGAUGGUGUAGAGGAUGAGUACCAGCUGGAGGACCUUGAGGUUGUUGCAGCAGAUUACAUGUUGAAAGUAUUAGUCUCCAAUUUCAGGAAUGCAUGGGAAAGUAUGGACCCUGACAGCGAGCAGGUGGAUGAAUAUGGUCUUGGCCCAAGAGAGAACCUAACUGAAGCUGUGAAUGCAGUCAUCAGCCUUCUGGGAAUGCAGCCUUGUGAGGGCUCGGAAGUUGUUCCCAACAACUCGAGGUCGCACACAUGUCUACUAUCUGGUGUUUACAUGGGCAAUGUGAAGGUGUUGGUUCGCUUGUCUUUCGGGAUUGAUAGUUCAAAGGAAGUUGCAAUGAAAUUGGCCGUCCGAUCUGACGACAUCAGCAUCAGUAGUGCAAUUCAUGACAUUGUGGCCAGCGGUUAGUUGGCCUCAAAGGGGGAAAUGCUUUGUGUUUAAUCUAAGGCCUUUUCAUAUUCUUCAUGAGAUAUAGGUAGCGGGUGGUCUUCCAAGAAAGGACCUUGCCAUUCUGUAGAGAAAGAUGCACUUAAGACAACAUUAAAAUUUUAAAGGCUUUGCAAGAGAUUAAUUUGUCCUUCUAUGCACGAUGUUUCUUAAGGUCUUACCCUUGCCAUUAUUCCUUUUUGCUUCCUCAUUUUGUUAUUUAGUUUUUCAGUUUGGUUCUGUCAAUUAAAGUUCACAUUUGUUGACAUUGAAAUUUUGAGGCACCGUCUUCAUUACACACUAGUCAAUUGUAUUGUUUGCAAACUCUGGUUAUUGAACCUGGACUGGAUUAUAUAUACAGUGUAUUGCUCGGUA